CUCUAGCGUCACCAGGGACCGAGCGCCAUCCGCCAUGGAGAAGAUCCUUGUCCUCCUGCUGAUCGCGCUUGCUGUGGUCUGUGCCGCGCCUCCUGAGCCCCGGGGGCUCAUCAUCAACCUGGAUGAAGGCGAGCUCUGCCUCAACAGCGCCCAGUGCCAGAGCGGCUGCUGUCAACACGACACCAUCCUGGGCCUGGCCCGCUGCACGCAGAAGGCCAGGGAGAACAGCGAGUGCUCUCCUAAGAACAUCCAGGGAGUUUACUACCGAUGUCCCUGUGAGCGGGGCCUGUCCUGUGAGGGGGACAAGAGCAUCAUUGGCGCCAUUACCAACACCAACUACGGCAUCUGCAUGGAUACCAGACGCUCCCAGGAGUGAGGCCCCCACACGCCCCU